AUCUCGUCGUGCCGCGAAUCACAAAAUCAAGAUGUUGUUCUACUCAUUUUUCAAGUCCUUGGUGGGAAAGGAUGUUGUUGUUGAACUGAAAAACGACUUGAGUAUCUGUGGCACACUGCAUUCUGUGGAUCAGUAUCUUAAUAUAAAAUUGACUGACAUCAGCGUGACAGAUCAGGAGAAAUGUCCUCAUAUGCUCUCUGUAAAGAACUGCUUCAUCCGUGGUUCUGUUGUGAGGUACGUCCAGCUACCGGCUGAUGAAUGUGACACAGGAUUACUGCAGGAUGCAGCUAGAAAAGAGGCGGCACAGAGCAAGUCUAGAUAACAACUGAAUGGACAUUUUUAGGACUUUUGCUGUGCGUGCUGCAGUUAAAGACUUUAAAAGUUGUUAUGGAAAGUCAAAGUACAUGUAAUGUGCUAUCUGAGACAGGUUGGGACAGUUUGGACCAAAAAAAUAAGAACAGUUUAUUUUCAAACUUAAGUGUUUUGUAUUGUUGGAUUCAUGAAAAGGAUACACAGUUUCUGCUUUUUGAAUGUCCAUCUUGUAAGCUGGAAAUUUGAUAAGUUGACAGCAAACAGAAAUUCACAGUUUCACAAGCAAGAGGUGGUUGUAUCCAUCAAUAAAUCCUGGCAGUCGGGUUUCUGGGGGUCAAAGUUUUACCCUUCCUGUGAGAGGUGUGUUACUCUGAUUUUCUGAGGGGCACAUUUAUCAUGGUCCCAUGUUUUAGCUAAAAAACAUGAGAGAGUUGGAACAAAAAUGAUGUGUUCAGAUUUGGUAUAUGAUAUUAAUAUCAAUAAAAUGUAAG